GUUUAAAAUGUUAGAGUCAGGUAGUGUGUCAAUAAAAAAUAUAUGAGAUUUAAAUGUUCGCCUACGAAGUGACGAAGGAAUGUUAUCAUUCAAACAUGGGGAUUGUAUCACUAUCUCUGCAUACUGUGUACGUCAUGCUGAUCGUGUUAGAUGAAUCAACAGCCUUUAAUAUUGAGGGAAAUCUUUGUUUAGAGACAAUUAUCAAAUUCAUAUUUGACCAGAACAAGUGUGACUUUAAUCGAGAAUAUGCAGUGAAGCUAUUAAACGAUUAUAACAUUACAUGUCAAACCAAAUGCAAAAUCACAAUAGAAGAUAUAGAUUUCGAUCGCAAUAGGCUAAGGAAAGUCGAUGUAAUAUUCAGCGAUUAUACCUACACGUAUGAACCAUGUACAUGGCCAUACUAUCCCCAUGCGUUGUCCAUGAAUAUCAUCUGCCCGACAUGGAAAAAAGUCAAGGUUCCAGUCGGUGGAUACUGCAAGGUAGACGAACAAUGUCAAGGAAGUGAAAAUUCGGGAGUAUGCCAACUCGGGAAAUGUGUGUGUAGAGAUGGAUAUGUGUUAUAUAAUCUUGAAUGUCAUGAAGGAAACCUUACUUUGAACCAGACGUGCUUCCUCAGUGAACAAUGUGCAGGAUCACCGUACGCCAGCUGUCUUGGGGGAAUAUGUUCUUGUAUUGAAGGAUACACUGCUAAGAACUCCACUAAUUGUGUUCAAAGUCAGGAAAUUACCCUUCCAAGUUCUCUACAACACCAUCAAGAAGAAGCCAAAAUAGGAACUACACUCGGAGCAUUAUUUGGCGGAAUACUUUUGGGCGUGAUCCUUACAACAGCCACUGUGGCGAUUAUUUACAGGCGAUCCAAAAAACAUGUCAACAAACGAGAAGAACUCAACGUCACAUUUUCUGAUAAUGAUGCAUGCAGUUCUGCAAAAGUUGCUAGCCCCAAUUCUUUCCAAAACAUCCAGACAAAAGCUAAAAAGCGAGACGUAUCUCCAUACUCUUGCUCAGAAGAAACAUCAAACUACAACAAUGUGUAUGGUAAACCAAGAAAUGGACAGACACAAAAUGACGUUUACAAUCAUUUAAACGAACAAGGUAAACAGGAUGGUGCCGAUUACUAUGAUCACGCAUGCGCUGCAUCAGAUUCUGCUCCCAUUGGAGAUACAGGUGAUUAUAGCCAUCUCCGUCAUAUUACCGCAUAGAGUGGUGAUUACUUACUAUUUAUAUAGCAAUAUGAUUUAUCAUAUCACAAAUUAGUGCAUUAAAUAGGAUCCGUCAAAUAUUGCAUUCACAUGAUGUUUUGAUACAUGGUAUGUUAAAACUUAUGUUUAAAAUAUCCCAAAACUUGUCUAAUUAUUAUUAUGAAAAUAUGUCUGAGUAUUUUACACUUUAUUUGCAGCUUUAUAAAACUGUAUAUUGAUGUAUAGUCCAAGCUUAUAUAUUAACAAUUAACGAUAUUGAUAAUUGAUGUAUAUAAAAUGUGUUCAUGUAUAAUAUUUCAUAAUA